GAUACACAGCGAUGUGCGAUGGGAUUCCCUCAGCGCCAGCGGCAAGUGAGUACAAUUGCAGAUAAGCGCCGUUGAACCUCGAAGUGAGCUUCGCAUAUAAAAGCAACUUAACCGCUUGAGUUGAGAACACAUUCUAUCCAAAACGCAAUUAGCAAACAGCAAGCCAGCACCGCUUCAACAUCCACAGACACAGACAAAAUGAAAUUCGUUGCAACUCUCAUAGUCGCAGUGACGCUUUUCAGCGGUGCACUCAUCGAAGCGUUUCCUCAAUCACUGGGUGGCUCUUUGAGUAGCAAUCCCAAUGGCGGUGCUGAUGCCAGACUCGAGCUGGCCAAGGGUAUUGGUACACCCGAUCACAAUGUAAUUGGCAAAGUGUUCGCAGCGGGCAAUACAAAUGGUGGACCUGUAGCGACCGGUGGCGCAUUGGCUUACAAUAACCACGGCUUGGGCGCCGCCAUCUCGAAGACGCACAUACCCGGUGUACGCGACACCUUCAGCCAGAGCGUCAAUGCCAAUCUCUUCAACAAUGGAGUGCACAGUGUGGACGCGAAUGCUUUUGCAUCACAAAACAAGUUGGCUAACGGUUUCAAAUUCGAACGUAAUGGCGCUGGUUUGGAGUACUCGCACAUCAAUGGUCAUGGCGCCAGUUUGACACACAGCAAUAUUCCGAAUUUCGGCAGGCAAUUGGAGCUGGGCGGUAAAGCUAACUUGUGGUCAUCACAAGAUCGUAACACACGCUUGGAUCUCACUGGCAGCGGCUCGAAGUGGUUGAGUGGUCCGUUGAGGGGACAGAAGGACUUCAGUGCGGGCUUGGGUUUGACACAUAUGUUCGGUUAAGAGGCGGGUAGAGGGGUUGUAAAUAUAUAGACAUUGAAAAAAUGUAAUAAAAUAUUAUUUAUUAAAAUUUAGCACUACUAUGUCGAUAAAAUAUAUAAAAUUAA